AGAUUCGAGAAUCUGUAGUACAGGAAAUCAGCUCGAUGUUUGAAGUGAAAAUAAAUGAACUACGAGACGAAAUGAAGGCGAAAGAUUCYUUGAUUGAGAAGCUCCUCAAAAGAUUACCAGAAAUGGAAACAUCGUGAUAUCAUGUCAGAUCACAAGUGCUUGGUGGAAUCKUUUAGUGGUGUACAGACGUUCUUCGGCUUGCAUUAAAAAUAAAAUGAAUAGAGACUAACAUAUCAGAGUUAUUUUCUGUGAGAGAUUGCACUUUCACAAAAAAAUUUGGCGUCAAAAAAUAUUAAAAAAUAUGAUAAAAUGAAUUAAUUCCAGAAUGAUCUUGAUUGGACUUAUAGAUAAUGAAGUCUUAAGUGUCGUUUUUCACUUCAGGUAGGGUUCCCUUUGUAACUAGAUAUUUAAGAAUCAUAAUAUAAACUUGUGAAUUAAAAAUAUUAAAUAUUAAUGUCUUGGAAAUACUAAGUUAUAUAUUGAACUUUGAGGAAAAGAAAACAAACGGCUUUGUAUGUACUACCCAGGCUCAUGUAAACAUGCAGGGCCUAAUAAUUCAGAACGAUUCAAAUUGUAAGGGGUAAAGAAACGUGCUGUUUCCUAGUACAUAAACGGCUAAUAAACACGGAUGCAAAUGAAAAUACAUCGGUCUUUCUAUUAAAUUUCACCAAAAUCCUAACCUCGCGAUUACCACAUCAAUGUAGUGAUCGCGAGGUUACGAAGAUCACAUGCGCAUGCAAGCUUUACUGGACUCUUUUUCUGCAACUUGUGGAGCGGGUUGAAGGGAAGGCCAAGACUGGAAUAGAGUAAGCGUCCUUUUUUUACGUACUUGUCUUUCUUUUUUAAAAUUUAAUCAAAUGCGUUGAAUUGCGAAUGCUGUCGAAUUUAAGACUACAUCUACCAUAUUCUGGAACAAAUGGAACAAAGCAUAAUUCAUGAUAUAUUUAUAACUAUACAACGCCUGGUAUUAUUUCAAUGAGAUGGGACGUCUGUGUUCCUAAGGCUACGGAAGAAGCACCUGGUUCCUUUAGACGAGAAGUUUCAAUGUUACCAAAGUGCACUAGUGGUAAAUUGACUCCUAGUGCAUGUUUGCUAAAGUCUGGGAUUCACGCUUAUUGUCUAAAGUAGCUGAACUUUGCUAGGUUCUUGCUUGGCAUAAUGACUUAUUUUGACCUCAAGGUAAGGUAUAAAUUAAUGCAGUUAAUCCAUAUUUUUUUGUUAUUGAGAAACUUUUUAUAAUAGAUAUGUUAUGUGUUUGUUUUCAUAGAGCUGGCUGGUUUUGUUUUUAACUUUGCAAUCUGCUCCAGCAAAUAGCUUCCAAACUGUGAAACGUAUUGUCACCGAGGAUGUUGUCCACAAGGCUAAUAUUCUGUUUGAUAACGGAAAAUGGAAUGCUUUUCACAACCAGCCCAAUGCAGAUGUCAUAAGCACAGAACCACACAACUACAUCGGGCCUAAAAUUUAUGACAUUAAAUGCUUAAGGAAACUAAAUUCAGAUCAUUGUUCCAAACAAGUGGGGUUUUCAUUAUGGAUGCGCUAUGGAGGUUUUAUAUCUGACAUUCUUGGGGACGUCAGCCAAUAUCAUGAAACGAUUACCCAAUGGGUGGGGGAGGUCACUCCGAAAGAUUUCAAAUGGAUCAAGUGCUACAACUCUAAAGAGCAUGGAUGGGAUAUGGAAAACUUUCAUAGAAACUGCGAUAGCAGAGGGCCAACUAUCUCCCUAUUCAAGGUUCGAGAUGAUGCGAUUUUCGGUGGAUUCACAAGUGCUUCUUGGGGACUUCCAGAUGAAGACAAGUACGCUGAUAAUGCGUUUCUCUUCUCCAUCAAGAGUGCAGACGGAACCAACUCCUCAASAUUUAAAGUCAAAUCGAGUGAAAAGAGACAUGCCAUUUAUUCCAAUCAAGACUAUGGUCCCUGCUUUGGAACCAAUGACCUCUUUAUAGGAAAUAAUCCACAUAUAGAAGGGUCUUGCUCAAGUGAACUGGGGCAAAAAUAUGAGAAAGCCACAGUCAACGAUGAUGAAGCAAAAACUAUACUGGCUGGGAGUUCUAAGUUUGGUCUCACACAAAUGGAAGUGUUCUACAUGGAAUGUUUCCAUUUACAUGAAUUUCUGGAUUCUAACAUGACUGGUUCAGAGAACUUCAACCCUCAAGACGCUCGAUUAUCAGGUGGUGGAGCAAUUCCAGGCACUUACUUGCAGAUUGAUCUAGGCACCAAGCAAGUGAUUUCUGGAUUUGCUGUAAUUGCAAAAUGCAGCUUUACUUUGGUUUAUUUGAAUGGUGUUUCUCAGGAAGAAACAUAUAACGAAACAGCAGGUACAACAAAGACUUUUACGCCAAUGUCCAAUGUUCUAACUACCUAUGUAUUAAAAACAGCCUUGCUGACCAGAAUAGUUAAAUUCCAGUUAACAUCGCCUAGUUGUGUAUUUUCUGUAGAGUUGUAUGGCUGUCAACAAGAAUGUAACGCUGCCCUAGGAAUGCAAAGUAMGUUGAUUCAAAACUCACAAAUCUCUAGCGACAAUAACGACGAUAACAAGCACUUACCCAUUUACGCUCGAGCGAAUACAAAACUUGGUGAUAAGGGAUGUUGGAAAGCAGACGAUGGAAACUACUUACAGAUCGAUCUUCUUGUCACAAAAAUCAUCUCUAUGAUUGGCAUUCAAAGUUGUUAUAAACAGACGGAUCAUUUUCCAAGUACCUUCAAAAUCAGAUAUGCAGGCGACGAUGGUGUCUUUCGUAACUUCUUUGGAUCUUCCGAGAUUGAGAUUUUACACACAUACCACAAAAAAAAACUUGGUCAGAAAAUAAGCAAGAUAAAAUUGGUCCCUCCCAUUGUGGCAAGGAAACUUCGUAUUUACCCCAAAGAUAAAGCAGAGAUGAGAGUGGAGCUUUACGGGUGUGUUUACCUUAAAGAUUUUGAAGGACCUUCAACUAUCUUAUCAACGGGUCAAAUGAUUCACAACUCGACUCGGGGUUUGGCGCUGUCUGUUGUAAAGAACAGCAACCAAGAAAACAUCUUAAAAACCACUUGGCUGUCAUAUACGAAGAUGGAGUUUUUGAAUGACUACCCAUUGAAUCGAGCACAAUGGGCGUUGGUCGUCUUUUUCAACUUUGUAUUGGAUAACACCAAAGGACAUUUUAGUACCAAUGGACAUCAAAAAAGAUCAUCUUCCAGAACAUCAGAAAAUGUGCCAAAUAGUGUUAAUACACCGAUUGUGAUGGUAGAUCCAGUAGAUAAUGCUGACAACGUUCAAUUAUCAGAUGUCAUGGUAUUCGAUUCAAAGUCCACAACUUCUUCAACGAUAUUAUUACAGCAAACAGUCAUGAGAGAUGGACCGUUUGAAAUCCCAUCAAGUCUCGAUCCGCAGGGAACRAACAGUUUCCCGCUGAAGAUCAUCUCACCAGGCUGGAUUGCACAUCAAGGUUGCACACCAACUGCAAAUACAGGACCAUGUAGUGGUCAAGCUUCAGGGACAAGGUUUAUAUACAUGGAAGGCUCAGCGCCUGCCGUAAAGGGAGAUACCGCUGUUCUAUCAACUUACUAUCGUGUUAGUGCGUAUCAUUGUUUUGAGUUCUGGUAUUUCAUGUGGGGACAAAAUGUCGGUAGAUUGAACGUGUAUCUUGAGGACUCUAUACGGAAACGAGAAUUAGUUUGGAGACUUGCUGGCUCACAAGGAAAUUUAUGGAGGAACGCUAAAAUACCUAUUAAUCGUACAAGAGCGUUUAAGGUACUGAUCGAAGGUGUGGUUGGAGAUGGUUUCAUGGCUGACAUUGCUAUCGAUAAACUUAAAUUCCAUACAAAUCAUUGUGAUUUUGAGCCUUCAAAUGCAAGUCUCACUAAAAUUACAGGAUUCUCAAAGUCUGAUAUCAUUGGACUGAAGUCCAACCAUUCAAAAUACUUGACUCAAGCACUGGCUGGUGCUGGAAUUCCGGCCAGGUUCUGGCAGCCUUGUUAUCAGACAUCCCAAGGACACAACAUACCGCAUUUYUGGUCURCCUGUGGAUCCAAGGGACCAACAGUCACGAUUGUUCAGUACAAGGAAUAUAUAUUUGCUGCAUUUAGCGACAGAGACUGGAACUACUCAGAURUAAGUUCGCCAUUGAACUUGUCUAGCUCACGUUCUUUCAUAUUAUCUCUGUCCAAUCCGUCUUCAUCAAAAAAACUGUUCAAAGUUAACAAGUUGUUUCGACACGAAGCAAUUCAAAUUGACCCAACCAAAGGACCAUGUUUUGGAAAAGCUUUUCAACUUCAYAGUGGAAGUAAGAUUAGCAGCGAGCUUGGAACAGAGUAUGGAAAUGCGGCAGAUUCUUCAUWCUUGACUGGACAKUCUUCGUUUGUUGCAAACGCAGUUGAGGUGUUGUACGCUGGAGAUCAUCCUUGUGACGCAUGGUGCAGUCUGAAAGGCUGGACUUGUGAUUACGUGACUGGAAAGUGUGRCUGUGGAAAUGACAGGAACUACGGUUGGUGUCGCAAAGGGCUUUCACAAGCGUUUCUGGGAGCCUUUAAUGAAAGCCUUCAUCCCGAUCUUUACUGGAACCUAGAUACCUACCCUACAUUGCACGAGACAAAAACUGGUAGAACAGUCACACUUGACACGGAUGAGCAAGGAAAAAUCAAACAACUCGAAAGUGGUUUAAGUCGGAAGGCACUUCAGCUCAACGCCGGAGACUUACUUCUUGGGCUUUAUCAGGACACUUGCUUUAACCUUGAUAUAAUCAUUAAAAAAACUUUCUCUUUUGCUAUGUGGCUAAAGUAUGGGGAAAAAACAGAGAAACAAUUUUUUUUUACCUUCGGCAGCUCAAGCGAAGGCCCAGUGUUUCAGCUGUACCAGACUGAUCCUUCUAAGGAAAUACUGUAUGUAAAAUCACACUUUGGGAACAAAAGGUCAGUCGCCUACUUUCCUUGUCCAAAAAGUGUCUGGUCACACAUUUUAAUAGUGCUAGAAGGCUCAACGUCCGAUCCAACGAUAAGGGUGUAUAGAAAUGGGAAAGUACUCCAAACUAGCCAAAAGGUUGCUUGUGGUAAAUGUAACGUCCAGGACCGAAGAGCUGAUAUGUAUAUUAGUAAAAACGGCCCUUUAUAUGCUUCUAAUGCUUCAGUAGACGAGAUUGCAUUGUGGUGUCGAGCCUUGUCCCAAGAUGAAGUAAAGGAAGUUCACAACUUUUUUAAAGGCCCAGGAGGAUUUUCGAUUCAUUUUCAACUCAGUUUCCCAUCAAAAACCUGGGAAGAUCACAAAGAUCAAGAAUCAGAUKCCUUCAAAGCAGUUCAAUAUAAUUUGAUGACAAAGAUCAAUAGCAUUGUACCAAGUCCUGGGGCAAUAAGUACUACAUAUGAUUGCAGUGGACCAACGAUAUUAAAUUGCUCUGUAACCUUUGAUAUUUACAACAACAAUGGCGACUUUAUUCCUAAAUUUUCUAAUAACGGUGCUUUGGGUACAGAUGUUGAUAUUUCACUAGCAAUUUACACUAUUGUACCACCGGAAAUUCCSAAACUUCAAGGCCAUAACACAAGUACGACAGAAAUCGCUUUACAGUGGGAUGUCCCUGAAAGCUUUUAUUCCAUUUAUCAAUCUUACAACYUAACUUGGUAUCCUGUUGACAACCCUUCAUUGAUAAAUCAUGUCGUCGGCGAGAAUUAUGUGACAUCAAAGAAUUUAACAAACCUGACACCAUACACUUCUUACGUCAUUCGUUUAAAGUUGUGGUAUCUGGGAGACGUCAGUAUGAAUUCCGAGCCUACCACUGUUUGGACGGCAGAGAAAGCACCUGGUCCAGUACAAGACUUGAAGGCUACUUCAAAGGGAAGUGAUUGCUUAGCAGUUUAUUGGAAGAAGCCAUUGGAUCCCAUCGAAGGUCGUAUAAGAUUUUUCAACGUAACGUACUAUGGUGCAUCAACGAGWAAUUCAACAGMGGUUGGCUAUCAAAGUAACGCUGUGGAAUACAUGCAUAAUAUAUGCGAUUUACAACCAACUACACAAUAUAAUAUCACAGUUACAGCCUUUGUCCUACAGCACCUCCUGGCAACGUGUCUUCACACAAUGCUACAGCACCAUACGAUGAUACAAGUACGUGCUUUGUAACGUGGAACCCGCCCCCUUCAGAAACGCUUAAUGGCAACCUAACAUCGUAUCGCUUGACGUUUGUAAAUCUCUUGACCAACRAAAAGGCUUACGUUGAGAUUGCAGCUUGCAAUACGAGCGCAGUKUUAAGGAGUCUCGAACCGUACAGGAUGUAUAGUGUUGUGUUGGUURUUACUGCUGAUACAGGAUUCAGCCCAKYUAGUCCACCAGUCUAUUGCUUCACAAGGGGGACAGUUCCUAGUGCUCCACCAACGAAUACCACCGCAGUGGGCAGUACGUCCACUUCUUGCCGUGUUUCCUGGGGACAAGUACCAUUACUAUUUCAAAACGGAUUCAUAAUGGGCUAUAAUGUUUCCUAUUUGAAACAUGGUGAUUCUAAAACGAAAAUCAAACAUGUCGUGGUGGAAGGAUCUUCAACCAACUCGACAGAGGUUACUGGAUUGGAAAAAUUCACCCAUUACAAUGUUACUCUAGCUGCCUUCACAGACAAGGGCAGUGGUCCUCACGCAAAUCUUACGUGUAGAACGCAGGAAGACGUACCUGAUGACKUCCCUUCAGAGUUAAAAGUUGUUUCAAAAAGUACCGAGAACUGCUCGAUUUCCUGGAAGGCACCAGACAUCGCUAAAGCUAAUGGGAUAAUCCUAGGCUACCGGAUAGCUAUAAAUGACACUAAUUCUACUGAUUCUAAGCAAUCUUUGCCUGAAAUUAUACUCAGUAGCUGCCUACACGCAAAGAUUGKGAAUUUAAAACCCUUCCGCCUGUAUAAUAUCACAAUCCAAGCCUUUAACUCGGCUGGUCUUAGUAACAAAAGUGAAUUGCAAUGCAUGACGGAUGAAGAUGCUCCACUAAUGGCACCACCAAAUCUGACGUGCACACCCAUAACAUCGAAGCAAGUCAGCGCUAAAUGGUCUGAGAUUCCUGAAAUUCAAAGACAAGGGAUUGUAAGGCGAUAUGUCCUUCAGUUCAGACUAUUAAACGGAACAGGCUCUAUUUUCUCUUUGCCCACUAAUUCUCCUGCUCGUUAUAUCCGUGUCGGCCCAAUGAAGGAGUUYAGUCUUUACGAGGUUAGGAUYGCUGGGUAUACUGUCAAGAUGGGAAACUACAGCGAGACACCUGCUACUUGUAUGACACUUGAAGCAGUUCCAAAGAACCCGCCAGAAAACGUAACUGGAAAUAACCUUACUGCCUAUUCAAUAAGAGUGCAGUGGGAUGGUUUAUCUGUCCAGCCAGUUGGAAUUCUACGUCAAUGGAUUAUAUACUAUCGCAUUUGGAACGCCUCACUGGAUACUACCUUAAACAUCUCUGUACCAGUUACCCAGAAGUAUAUUAUUAUCRAUGGGYUGGAGUUGUUCACGCUGUAUUGCAUCCAGGUGGCCGGUUUUACAAUUGAUGUCGGAGUUAAAAGUAACUGUGCCCAUAUAUGGACUGAUAAGAAAGUGUUACCUCCCCCUGACGGCUUGCCAGCAUUCAUCAGCCAAAAAGAAAGCAGCACAGCAAAGAACUGUUCCAUUUCAUGGGCAGAAACCAACAACAGUCACCCGGAUCCCGAUGGUCGUGUAAUUGGAUAUACCAUCUACUACACKCCAGAGGGGASCAAUGAUACUAAAAUGGUUMUUGUGWCAGGACAGAAUACCACAAGCUUUGUCCUACAAGACUUGGAAGAAUACACGAAAUACGAUAUCCAGGUCGCUGCAUUUAACAUUUACGGAGCUGGGAACAAAAGUGUCAGCCUUACAUGUUUCACAAAGGAAGAUGUUCCUUCACAAGCUCCCGUUAACGUAAAAGGUUUCAAUUCAAGCUCUACGUCUAUCGUGAUUUCAUGGGAAGAUAUUCCUACUCGUGAUCGAAAUGGGAUGAUUCGAGAAUAYAGGAUUAUUAUAUACGAAGUAGCUUUGRGGAAUUCAUCAGUASAAAUUAUYACCUAUKUACCAACGAAACGCAGCAGACGAGCUAUCUCCRUCGAUCCUCACACUAGAGCUAUCACUGGCUUGAAGAAGUUUACAAAGUAUGCAUUUCAAGUGUAUGGCGUUACAAUUGGCGAUGGACCUUUAAGUCCUGUGAUCGAGGUCACCACAGCAGAAGAUGCUCCCACAGCUUCACCUACGAACCUCACUGUUGUCAAUUCAAGCGCUUCAAGUCUACUCUUCACCUGGUCUAAUGUUCCAGAAGACAAUCGACACGGCAUUAUCCGAUACUUUGUCAUAUACUACUGGAAAACUGAGUGGCCAAUAGUUGUACUGGAAAAUMGCACUGUGACUAUUGACAGUGUUCGUAUCAACCCCCCUGGAAGAACCCCUGAAUUCAAGUUUAACUUGACCAACUUGGAAAUAUGGACCAGCUAUACCGUUCAAGUUGCAGGUUUUACUGUCCGCCCUGGAGUACCGACGAAGGAGAUAGCUUUAUUUACUGACGAAUCUAUUCCUUGCGAACCACCAGCGUUUAUUACAUUUGACAUACCUAAAUACACUCAACUGACUGUAAUGUGGACAGAGGUUAAUCGCUAUUGCCGAAAUGGUAUCAUUCGAGGCUACAGACUGAUUUACCAGGAAUUACUCAACUCACCUCCAGUAACACUGAACUUCACGCCAUCUGUGAAGACAUACACCCUAGAAAACAUGAAUAUGGAUGCCAACUAUUCCAUACAGCUCUUGGCGUUCACAAGUAGAGGCGAUGGCAACGUAUCCUAUGAUUUGGCGCCAAUAGAUAAAGAUGGUCCAAAAAAACAACCGAUGAAUGUAUUAGCUUUCAAUCUCACAACUCCUACAGCGAUACCCGUAACAUGGAGCCCAAUMCCUGACCCUAUUAUGGUCGAGAGGGCUUUGGGAUACCGUGUCUCRUGGAAGGUACUCUCAAUUGGAGACGUACAAAUUGAAGAAGCUUCUUGGCAAUACUUUACUGUCAGGAAAAGUAGUCUUCARGCCACUAUCAAAGGUCUCUUGAACUUUGCACAUUAUGAAGUGCACGUGUCUGGUUUCAGUCGCGGUGGUAGAGGACCUUCUGGGAUAUCGUCUGGACAGACUUGUCGCUGUUUCAAACGGAUUGCCACAAACUACCGAGUAUUUCCACCAUACAACGCUGCAUUGAUUUCUGAAGAUCUCAAGCAAGUAAACAUGUCAGGAAUGAUUCCAUGGAUAUUGAAUAAUUUAAUUGUGGACUGCUGUCAAAGUUGUCAGUCUCAUGGAACGUCAUACGUAGACUUUGUCACAAAUGGUCACCAACAAUCGGCAUUCCAGAAAACCGAAAAUGAUGUGGUCAAAUUGAUUGACGACACCAACGACCUCAGCUUUCCAAUUUAUGGAUGGAAAUGGCAGACAAAAUAUGCAGAAAUCUUUCGUUUCAUUCCUCUYGUUGAGUCGCCAGGAUUCGCCUUUCUGCUYAUGGAUCCAGAGAAGGACGCUCCAUUGAAAGCGGUUUUAAUGUCGACAUUAGGAACGUGGCCKUAUAUACUUAUUGUGAGCUUGAUGACCCUCAUUGCUGGGAUCAUCAUGUGGUUCUUGGACACAGCAUAUAACGAGGAACAAUUUCCGCAUUCUUACUUGAGGGGAAUGGCCUGUGGCUSGUGGUGGGCAUUUAUUUCUAUGACUACGCUUGGCUAUGGUGAUAAGGUUCCAGUGGCCAAUCACAGCAAAGCAUUUGCAGUUGUUUGGGUCCUUACAGGACUUGCUAUAUAUGGAAUUUUAAGCGGCUCAAUUUGCACUGCAUUCACUUCUAUUGUCUACAAGUCCAAAACAAAUAUUUAUGGCUCCGAGGUUGCUGCCAUUUCCAAUUCUCCUGAGUAUAGGUUUGCAGUUCGUAGAGGUGCAAAAGUGAGCUUAAAGAUUAAUUACUCCAAUUUCGAUGAGGCUUUUGAAGCUUUGACAAGUCGGAAGGUGACAGGAAUGCUGAUGGAUGCUAACGAAGCAGGCACCAAGAAGGACCAGUUCGAAAAGUCGGGAAGUAUACGCAUUCAAAAGGUUUUCGACUUCCAGUCAACGUUCGGAGUAGUGCUUGCAGGACCAUCGGUAAGACUCUAUCAGUGUUCACGUGAAUGGAUGCCAGCAAAUCGUCGAGAGAUGUUUGAUCACAUUAGCAAGUACAUGAAAGUUAUAGAGACUAACCAAAUUAACGAGCUUGUAGAAAUUAGUACUGGAUUACUUGAUCCAGAAUCUGAUGUUUUCAAGGAAGUUUUACGUUACUGUUUAAUGAUUUACGGAGGUUGUAUAGUGCUUGGGUCGUUUUAUGAGAUUUGGUAUCAAUGGCAGAAGAGAAAGAUGGAAAACUUACAAGCAUCUUCACCAGCGUACCAGUUGAAAGUCAAGCUUCAAGACGAACUUAGAACAUUUACAAACGAUUUUAUCCAAGACCUCCAAACAAAGUCGAUUAACCUACGCAAGCGACAUAGAACUCAACUGAUUCGUUUACAUCGCAAGGGAAUAUAGGCUCAAUUUUAUAGUAAUAGCAUUAUCUAUGCUAACUUUACCGAGAUUGUAGCACAUGUACUAUAUCUUACUUAUAGUUAAAUAUAACUGUUAACUGGGGUUAACAUUUCAACAAAAUGUCACGACUACUUUUUCCGGCUAUUGAAGGAACCCUGAAAACACAGAUCCAUCAUUUGAUUUAAACAUUGAUUCCUGGUGGAUGGGGACAGAGGUUUUAUUGGACUGAUGCAUGCAUACAAAGGAUUUUUAUAUAAGUAAAAAAGAAACACCCGAUCACUAGAAUCAACUGAUGUAGUGCACCGCUGGGCCGCGUCAACACGUUGUACGCCGAUUAGUGUAUAAGCAAGUUUAUAUUUUCGAUUAACACGUCCGAACGUCCACAUGUACCUGUCAGUUUCCGGAAGCAGAAUAGAACAAUCUGGACCAAAUAAUCGUAUUCACAACAAGUCCUGAGUCGCCAUAACAAAUUAKUCUGCUAAAAAGUCAGUACGUUAUCUAAAUUUUCUUUUCAAAAUAAAAAAAGUAAAAUAUAAUUGAUUGUAUACAGUAAUUUUGAUACUAAUGAAAUAAAAUGGAAUGGUCUGUUGUUACUUGGGCU